AUGGCACUGUCAAACGGAACAGAAAAGAAAACAGGGCUAACGAUCUUAAUUGUCGGAGCUGGUAUCGGUGGUCUUACGGCGGCAAUUGCUCUUCGAAAACAAGGUCACCACAUUCAGAUAUUUGAGCAAUCGAGGUUCGCUACUGAGACUGGAGCUGCACUUCACCUUGCCCCGAAUGCGAAUGGUAUCCUACGACGGCUAGGACUGUUCGCAGAAGAGUUUGGCGCAAAUCCAAUACAUAAGUUUACUGAGUACACUGCAGGAGGCCAGCUUUUGCAUACACUCUCCUUUAAAGAGGACAACAAACGAUGGCAGCAUCCAUGGUAUCUGGCGCACCGUGUAGAAUUACACAACGCGCUGAAAAAGGCCGUGUCCUCCCCUACCCCUGAUGGGAAACCAGCUAUUGAGAUCAAAACUUCAAGCCGUGUCGAAAGAGUCGACACAUAUAAUGCGACAAUCACUUUUUCAGAUGGGACACAGAUUCGAGGAGAUUUAGUAGUUGGCGCAGAUGGAGUUCAUUCGAUCUCGAGAGCAUCUUUGCCGAACUGCGAGCAUAUCAAGCCAUUUCCAAGCGGCAAAAGCGCAUUUCGCUUCCUGAUACCCAAGCAACAAGCAUUAGAUGAUCCGGAAACAGCAGCAUUAGUGCUAAAUACUGGUGAACAAAGCAUGUGGUUUGAUGUCAAUCGUCGUAUUGUCAUGUAUCCUACUUCAAACAACAGGAUGCUCAACUUCGUCCUCAUUCACCCCGACGGUGAGUCUGCGAGCGAAACAAUCGGGUCUGACACUUGGGAUCAGUCUGCAAAUCUGGAAAAAAUGCUCAAAAUCUUUUCCUCUUUUAGCUCUGCCAUCCUGAGAUUAUUGUCUAAGGUGGAACCCCAAAGCGUUCGCGUCUGGAAGUUGCUUGAUAUGGACGCUCUGCCAAGGUUCAGUGACAAUCGGUUGGUCCUGAUAGGAGAUGCGGCUCAUCCAUUUUUGCCUCACCAGGGCCAAGGAGCAGCUGUUGCUAUAGAAGAUGCUGCUGCUUUGGCUGUAGUUCUACCUCUGGAGACAGCUCAAAGUGAGAUUGCGGAUCGACUGGAACUGUACAAUGAGAUUCGAUAUACCAGGGCAACCACAAUACAGUCAUUUUCCAGACUAGUUGGGAAAGACCUCAAGCCUGGAGACAAAAAGCCAAGCAUGUGGGAGUUUCAAAACUAUAAUUUCGGACACGACGAGUGGGAUAAUUCAACUCAAAAGCUCCGUGAAUGGACAUGGAAGCGAAACCCAAGCGCUUACUGGCGUAUGCCUAUUGCCUUUGGACCCAUGCCGGGACCGCGACAGACGCACUUUGGAACUGCUCGUAAUAAUCAAAGGUCGACAUUCACCACGGCAUCGAUCAAGUUUAAAACUUCACGUACUAUCUUGGAGACUCUAUUCCCGCCCAUGCGUAGUGGAUGGCGUUUCAGUGUCCUUGACACUGUGGCUUAUGCAACUUUCUCGUUGACAACCCUCAAUAAGCUGGAUUGGCUAGGUGGAUCUGGCUAUAAUCACAUUGGCUUGUAUAUCCACGGGGUUGAAUAUACUCAGGAAGAGGGCUCAGUUGUUAAAGGGGUCUACCUUCCCGUUCUUUUCGAGUCGCUGACAGAUCCUAUCAUAUCUGGCCGAGAGGAGUUGGGUAUGCCCAAGGUCUACUCCUCCAUUGACGUCUACCGUCGUAAUACAUCCUAUCGUGCACGAGCAGGCUGGGAGGGGGCCUUCUGGGGAGAAUUCUUGUUGAAAGAUCUGGAAGAAGUUUUGCCACCGUCUCCAGCUAAGGAGCAUCUCUGGGAGGAACCCCUCCUUACUUAUAAGUAUUUACCUGCGACUGGACCCAAGAACAAGGGCAAGGCGGCCGAAGAAUAUCCUGUGAUAUAUGAUGUAUCUAUGGAAAACCAGUUCAAGGGCACCAUUCUCAAAACAUACAAGGCUGAGAAAGCGAGCUUUGCACUUGACCCUCUUGAUUGGGAGCAGCUACCCACUUUGCAUCAUGUAAUCAGUCGAUUGGCCGAAAUUCCUGUCUACGACAUCGUUGAUGCCAAGGUGGUUGAAGGUGAGGGGGUGCCAGACCUUGCAGCAGCCCGUCCAAUUGUCUAAUAAUUAUGGAGCUUAACCUUGGAAGAAUUAUUUAGCAAAUUACCUAGAAAUAAAUA